UUGGGCAUAUUUCAAUAUUUUUCAAUUUAGUUUUCAAACACAAUAAUAAAAUAUGUCCUCAGAAGAUAUACAAUUUUCUAUUGGCAAAAGCGUGGAAUACUCACAGUUGGAUUUUCACGAAAUUGACGAAAAACUAAAAAGCGAAAUUCCCCUGGAACUUAAGUAUCAAAUCAAUAAUGUAUUAUCACUGACAAAGGAAGCCAUUGAGAAAUUAAAAAUUUCUUUAAUUUUACCAAAAAUAUUGGAAAACCCCAAACUGUUAAAGCAAUACUUAAGCACUACAAAAUAUAAUCAUUGUCUGAAAUUAGUACAGGAAUAUCGGAAUAAAACUAAAAACGAAACAUUGCAGGAAGCCAAUCAAAAUGAUUAUAAUCUUUUGCAAAUCAUUGAUUAUUUCCAAGAAAAUUAUAAAAUGCUUGACGUUUUGCCCAACUGGUUAGAUGACAUUGACAAUACGGAGAAGUGUUUGCUGACAGCCUUUGAGGAUGUUUACCAAGUGGCCCAAGAAAGAUUUCAUAGGUCUGCCAUGGCCGAUUUGGCCAAGGAGAAGCGUUUGCAUGAGGUUUAUUUAGCUAACGAAGAAGUUAAAAAGAAUAUAGAAGAAAUCACACGCAAAAUACAAAAUAAAAAGUUAAAUCGUCUUUGGAAAGCUGCCGCCAAAACUGGCGUAAUUAAACAUUUGGAAGAUGAACUGGCAUUUCAUCAAUAUGACAAUAAUAUGUUUGUUAAACAGCAAAUUUCGAAUAGCCAUCGGGAAAUUCAAAAUAUUAAUAAUACUUCCUCAAUCAAACAACAAGAACUUGAAGAAGAAUUGGAAAAGGCUCGAUUAAGUUACGAGAAAAAACUAAAGGAGGAUUUGAUACAAGAAAGAAAUGUCAGAGAUGAAAGAAAUAAAUUACAGCUGCAAAUACAGGCCUUGAUCGCCAAAUACGAUCAAACUAUUUACGACAAAUACAAAGAAGAAAUCUUCCUCCAAGAGGAGUAUGACAAGCAAAAGCAAGAAUUUGAUAUUUUUCUUAUAGAAUAUAAGCGGGAAGAUGCCAUCUAUGAUGAAUUGGUGCGUAAAAGAGAACGAGAAUAUAAACGCUUGCAUGACGCUAAAAUUUGGUUGUUCACACAUACUCGUGCUGCCAAAAAGAUACAACGUUGGUGGAAAAAGUAUUUGAGAGAUCAAAAACAAAUGCAGAAACAAAAGGCUAAAGCGGGUAAAGGUAGAAACAAAGGAAAGCCACCUGGCAAAGGCGAUAACAAGAAAGCCAAAAAUAAAUCUGGUGGCAAAGGAAAGAAUAAAUAA